CGAUUUAGAUGUGGUAGAACGAGAUAUAAACAGCACGAGCUUGGAAUAAAACAAGUGACGUCCGGGAUUCAUCUGUACGCUAACCAAUAACAAGUAAAGACAGAACAGAGCGACAGUUUGUGAAUUUUGCUAUGUGCUAUGGCAAUGUGUGAAUUCUUUCGUUCGUUGCAAUGUAAUAUUUUUGAUUAAACCUAUAAUAUCGGCAUAUCGGUAUCAUUGAUGGACAAACAAGAAGUUGUGUAACCUAAAACAAGCGUUUCUUGAAAGAAACAUCGUUCCGACGCACAACAAAGACGCCAAAGGUCAUGGAGGAGAAUUCUGAGCUUCAUGUGGGCACCGACGUGACCUCGACCACAAGCGCUGUGCCUGACGCUCACCUGACGACAGGGAUACAUGGAAAUGUUGAGACAGUCAUUGUUGUUGAAGCAGUUAAAGAGGAAGAUUUAAGCUAUGGUACUCCAGAGUCUUCGCCAAUUAAGUCUAAAGAUGCGCAGGAGGCUGUGGCAACGCCUAUGAGUUUCCCCGAAAAGGAUCAGUCGAAGAAAAUAGUCAUUUCUUCAAAUAAGGAAGUCCAAAUAGUUUACCUUAAUAAACAAAAGACACCAACAAAGUCAGUGGAGGUGAAUUGUACACCAACUGAGUCAGAGCAUGACCAAAAGAUACCUACAAUUUCUGGACACAUGCAAACUGUACUAAAAUUAGAGCAGGCACAAAACAUCCCUAUAAAAGUAGUGCAGGUCCAAAAAACACCUAAAAAGUUUGAAUAUAUGCAAAAGGCUCCAACAAUAUCAGAUCAUCUGCAAAAUACCCUAAAUAAGUCUGAAUCAUUGCAAAAGACAUCUUCAAUAUCUGAGCAAAUACAAAAGCAACUACUUGAGUCAGAGCAGAUGCAAAAAAAAUCACUUAUAGUAGAGCAACUACCUAAAAAGUUGGAUCUGGUGCAAAAUAUGCAGACCAAUUCAGAAUACACAAAAAAGCCAGAUCAAAUACCUAUGCCACCUAAAUCAGAUCAGAUGCCCAAGAUGCAACCUAAGUCCGAUCAAGUGCCUAAGUCACCACCGAAGUCAGAUCAGGUGCCUAAGUCACCACCAAAGUCAGAUCAGGUGCCUAAGUCACCACCAAAGUCAGAUCAGGUGGUUAAGUCACCUUCUGAGCCUGAUCAGGUACCUAAAUUACCUCCUAAGUCUGAUCAGGUGUCUAAGUCACCACCGAAGUCAGAUCAGGUGCCUAAAUCACCACCUAAGUCAGAUCAAGAGCCUAAGUCACCACCUAAAUCAGAUCAGGUGCCUAAAUCACAACCUAAAUCAGGUCAGACACAACCUAAGUCUGAUCAGGUGGCUAAGUCACCUCCUAAGCCAGAUCAGGUGCCUAAGAUACUACCUAAGUCAGGGCAGAUGAUAAAAACACUUUCAGAGCAGGUUCAUAAGAAGUUGGAUCAAGUAUUGGAGACAUCAACAAAUUCAGAUCAGAUGCAAAACACACCAACUAAAUCCGAACAGGUGCAGAAAAUAAUGUCUGCACAUAAAAAGGUGGAUGAAACAGGGAAAAUUGUAGGACAGAAGACACCAAAAAAGUCUUCUAUUAAAUCAUUAGAGGAACAGAAGUCUAAAGAUAUUAUAGAUAUUUCCGAUGAUGAAGUUACUAACCGCAAAGAAAUGCCAGAAUCAGUUUCAGAAAAAUCUAUAAAAGAAUCAAAACAGAGUAAAGAAGUGGUUAAAGAACAAGAACAAUCUAAGAAAACUUUUGGAAAACUUGAUUUGAAUAAAUCUGAUUCCCAGUCAAACAAAUCAGAAAAAUCAUUGCUCAAAGAUAAAUCCCGAAACAAAGAAUCUCUAGACAAACAAAACUCAAGUAUGGAUUGUGGUGAAAAUGCAGAACUGAUAAAGGAUUCCACUGACAAAGUCAAAGGAGAUAAAAAAGAAGAUAGAGGAUCUACCACUUCAAUAAAUAUUUGUGAAAAAUCUAAUGACUCUCAAUUAGAGACAAACUCUGAUAUAUCUGAGAAAGACCACAAUAAAAGUAUAAGCAGAGAACUCAAAUCCCUUAUCAGGUCAGCCAAAGAUUCUAAGAUUAUUAGUGAAUGUACACAGCUGACAAGUAAAACUAGGAAAUCCAGAACUGCCACAGAUAGUAAUAACAUUAGUAUAAAUAUUUCUGUGGAGGCAGAUAAAAUACAAAAUGUGAGACGUAGCAGUGUCAACUCACAGAAGAGCAAUUGUGGUGAGAAAUCAGAGAAGGCUACUAAAAGAUCAAUGCGGUCCCAGAAUCCAGAAUUUGUGAACAAGGUAAAACAAUUUUUGAACUCUGUAACAGGAAAGAAUCAAAAGGGUGAGGAUGAAGAAGAGAUUGAUAAUAGGAAAAAAGACAGCGAAAGUUUGUCUCCAUCACCAAAGAAGAAGAAACUAAUGGAAUCCCAGCAACCAGAAGUUACUGAAGAACAAAAUAGAAGGCUGCGUUCAGACUUGUACUGUUGGCGAUGCCACUGGACUGUGGAGCAAGCUGCUAACGAUAAGGGCCAUCCUCCAUUGCAAUGCACUGUGUGCCCGAGGUCCUUCCACUACAAGUGUCUGACAGGGACAGAGCGUAAUAGAACAAUGACUGUUAAGGGCUGGAUCUGUACGGAAUGUAUGAAUGUGUUGCACGCUGAAUCUUCAGAGACUCAAUCUCUCGCUAUGAAGAAGCUCAACCAUCCCCGGCUGUGUGAGCUGCUGCAGUACGCUUGGGAUCGGAUGGUGGACCUUAACGGGGUGGAGCCAUUCAUGAAUCCCGUGGACAGAACAGCCUUCCCGGACUACGACAAGUACGUCGUUCAUCCGAUGGACCUCUCCUUGAUGAAGAAGAACUUAUCACAACUCAAGUACGGCAGCACCGAGGCGUUUCUAGCCGACGCGCAGUGGAUUCUCCACAACAGCAUCAUAUUUAACACAUUGCAAUCCAAGCUAACGGGCGGGGCCCGCGCGUUGGUACGCUCAUGUCGAGCGGAGAUGGGUGAAAUAGAGGCUUGUCCGGAGUGCUACGCGGCGGCUCACGCGCGACGUCUGACGUGGUUCACCGAUGUAUGCACCACGCCUCAUAUACUGCUGUGGGCUAAACUUAAAGGUUUCCCAUACUGGCCAGCGAAAGGCAUGUCCGUGAACAGCCAGGGGCUGGUCGACGUGAGGUUCUUCGGCGCUCACGACCGAGCGUGGGUGCCCGCGAGAGACUGCUUCCUAUAUUGCCAGAAGGAUCCGAAUAAUUUUAAAGCCAAACGUAUGGAUAUUUUGGAAAGCAUGCAGGAGGCGGAGGAUCACAUUCGCAACAUAUCGCGAAAAUAUGGAAAAUUCGUUUAUCCAGCUUUCAAGACACCAUUCGAUCCAACCAAAUUAACUGAACAGCUCAAAAUGAUGAUCCCAGCCUUCGAUGGAGAAGUAAGUGCACUAGUUAAAGAAAAGCCAACCACUUCAUCACCAAAUGUCGUAAAAGAUAAAAGUCGAUCGAAUUCGAAGAGUUCGAAAAAUUCCAUGUAUGAAGGUGAUGCUAGUGAAAGCGAAGAAGCGAAAACACCCCGAAAAAUGGCCGAUGGGACUGCGAUCGCUAGAGAGAAAGAUGACGUUUCUAUUGAAAAAAAUACUCCAAUGGAAAUUGACGAUCAGAGUGUACAGAAUAAAGAGAGAGAGUCUACAAGAAAACGUCGUCGAUCGGGUCUCGAAGAGGCUGUCAUAACAAUCAUCAAUACCAGCUCUAGCGAGAAAAGGAAAAAAGUUGAAAACGAAAAAGUGAAAGAUGAUAAGAAAGCUGAAAGUACACAAGAAAAUAGCAAAAAGACAGAAGUAACAACAACAAUAUCAGAAACGACGAUAUCCAACAAUAACAAAAAUGAAAAAACAGUUGAAAAGGCAAAUAAUAAAGUCAAUGAAAAGGAAGUUCCAACAACACCCACGAUUGUCAAGGAAAUAGAUAAAGAAGUUCCAUCUAAAAAAGUUGAAAAGACACAAGUUGAUACGUCAACACCGGUUAAGACAACCCCAAAAAUCAAACCAAUUAAAACCAGCACACCAAAAGAAAAAGAAGAAAAAACGACGCCUAAACAAAAACCCGUGAAACCAGAUAAACCAUCUCCAAUUGAAAAGGAAAAGCAAGAUGAAUCAAUAUCCAAAUCACGAAAGCGAAGUAAGUCAAGAAAUCGAUCGCUUAACAGCAGCCAAGUUGGAAAAGGAGAAAAAACUGCCGAAAAGAAUAGUGAUAAAGAUACUGUAUCUAAUGAUAAUACUAAUGAUAAUGUUAAAGAAACAAUCAUUCCAUCUAAGGAUAAAGAAAGUGAAGCAGAGAAGCCCAUUGAAAAAGCGAAUAAAUCUAAUACUAAUGUUACAAGCAGUACAAAACCUGCAAAAGAUCGAUUGCAUUUCGAUGAUGAUACAAGCUUGGCUGUGAUAGCUCGUGAGACCGCUAAGAAAAGCUUUACAGGGCUUCCAACAAUAAGUAGAGUUCGAAGUCUGUCCACAUCCGCGCAAAGUACGACCACGACUACUAAAACAACCACAACGCCAAAGACAGUAGAAGUGACGGUAUCUGCGCAUUGCGCGUUAAAUGUGUUCACGCCAACAAGCACAGAUAACGUUCGAAAUAUGAAAGAAGCUGUGGACAAGCUGCAGAAGUUGAGAAAUGAGACUGACAAACCACUAGUGGGGAGGGUCGGUGUUCGGUCGUUUGCUAGGAUGACGUCACCGCCAGCACCCCCAGAAAAACCAAAUGAUACUGUUGAAAUAGAGGUCAAGUCUGAACCAAUAGAUUUCGACGACGCAGAUCGGCAAGUCGAAAAAAUGGAUUUAAUGAGAUCCGUCCAAUUGCAGCCGGUCAAUCCGGUCACAUCCGCGAGCUUACGCGAUGUGAGAAUCAACAAAGUUAUCGUUGCACCUCUGAGUCAAAAAGGUGUAACGAAGACCACUGAAGUCCGAAUAAGAGCGAGAAAAACUUUCCCUACGCCGAGAAAAGAUGCAACCGAUGGUCGAUCUGAGUUGAAUGGAAAGAAUACCAUGGUGUAUAUCCCUAUACAACCGCCGACGACGCACGCGCCGAUACAGAGGCCGACACGUCCCAUUACUGUCAACGGUAGUGUUACCACGCAGACCGUUAGACCUCAAGCACCUACUAGUAUGGUCAAUGUAGUCAACACCCAAACAACGCCGCUUGUAUCUGUACCAAUGACGCCAUCCCUAGCGAUCGCCACGCCGAAGCCUACAAGCACAAUCGCGACCAACUCUCAUAACAACGCUAUAUGCGUGCCCUCCGUUGGACAGAUGCCCACCUUUGGCCAAGUGUGUCAAGUGCCCACCGUUGGGCAAAUCCCCACUACGGUGCACACCGUGCCUUUGAUCACGUCGAUGAAUGGACAGUGGACUUUCAGCCUACAACCUAUGAUGUCAGUUGGAGGUGAUGGUACAGCCUCCCCGCCAGUCGUCAAUGGGUUACCUGACCGAAGCCCACCAUUCAUUCCUAUGGCUCCGCCCAACCCGCUCGCUUUACUUCCCUCUACGCAAAUAUUACCUAACAACAAUAAGAAUAAUAGUAACAGUAAUAAUGGUGACACUACUCCUGCAGAGUUGCCUCGCCUGCAGCAGCGGCCGCCAUUAGUAAACCCCUUCGAUCCGAGCGCGCCCCCGACCACACUGCCGGUACCUUCAACCGCAGGGCCGCUCACUGCCAAACUCAGCCGGAACGCUGUCAAGUUAGCGGAUUUCUUCAGAACAUUGUUAGAAGACUCGCUGGAGAAAAUAGAUAACCCGCUGUCGCAAGCGACGAUACUGAAGACGCAACUCGAGCAGGUCAAGUGGAAGCACCAGCAAGAGAUCAACGAAUUAAAGCAUACGCAUGAGUUAUUAACGACAGAGAUGCGAGUAGCGUUCGAGAAGGAGAAAACGCGCGCUAUCAGCGAGAUGCGGCGAGUGGCGCAAGUCGAGCUGGAGACAGCGGUGAAAGCAGCUAAAACUAAACAGUGGUGCGCGAACUGCAAUCAGGAGGCGCAGUUCUACUGCUGCUGGAACACGUCGUACUGCGACUACCCGUGUCAAAGGUCUCACUGGUCGCAGCACUCCGCCGUUUGCACGCAGCAGAGGAGUUCCGAAAACAACGCCAAUGAGAACGCUGGAACAUUAGACAAGAGACUGCAAUCCGCACCUGAAAAUCUCCCAGCGUUGCAGAGGAACGCGACCGCGCCGCCGCUCACGGUCGGCACCAAGCUCACGCCCACGCGCGUCUACGCGCAGGACCCGCAUGCGCAGAAGACGUCCAUUAUUGUGAGUAUGAUGGAAGACCCCAGCGGCAAUCAAAUGGUGAAGUGCGUCGGGACGUACAAACCUACCGCCGCGCAGCAGGUGUCGCCGCUCAUCCUCAAUAAACAAAUAAUAAGCAACGACGAAAACGCAGCCAAGAAAGUGAUGACAUCAGGCGGUUACCUAAUAGUGGGAGCGGGGAACAAUACUUCCCUAACAAGCAAUAGACGCACACACCCCGUCCAGUACACAUACAACACGUGAGAUACAUCGCUGUGAAACAGACAACUUGUAGCUAUGUGCAAGUGAAUACUCUACGUACAGGGUAUGUGCAAUAUGUAAGAUGAACUGGUGUGAAAUGAUGACUAUAGCUAUUAUGGUUCAAGUGAAUACUGUAAAUACAGGAUAUACGCAACAUGUGAAGUGUGUGCUUUGAAAAUAUAAUUGAUGGCUAUUAAAGUCCAAGCAGAGCGAACCAAUUCAAAAUAUUCAAUUAAACUUUUACAAGUAUUUUGAGUACUCGGUUUGAUCCUAAGG